ACCGAUAUUCAGUUGGCGUUCGGUCGGUGUACGUUGUGCAUGGAAUAAAAUUUCGUGGUGUGUUGAAAACAAAGUCCAUUGUGGUUCGUUGAGCUGAUCGUAAUAUUUUCUGGAUGCGUAACAUUCGUUUGGCAAAGGAAAGACAGACACCAAAUGAUUUUUUUUAAAUAAAAACAGAAUUGCGUUAGCGUGCUGUAAAUCUUUUUCCGCAUUCCGUGAAAAAAAAGGAUUCUUUUCAAGUGAAAAAUUUCGUGCUUGCGUGGACUCUGGUGUACAAUAAUGAGUGAGACUUAAAAUUCCACUUAAUCAAAAAAGAAUAAGAAAAAAUCAUUGAACGAAGUAAGGUACGGCACGUUUAGCCACCACCACAAAAUAAUAUUUAUUACGAUUAAAAUUGCGCUAUCAUUACGAUCCAAUUACGAUACAUUUUCCGUUUUCGUCUUGUGCAUUUUCAAAAUUUUCAAUAUCAAACUGAAAUGGUUAAAUAAUUAUAAUUCGCGUGUGCUGUUAAUCUUAACCGAUGGAUUACGUUUCUAGAUAGCUAUCUAUUGUUUGUUUAUUUCUUGUGUUUUCGGUAUAAUUCGGGGAUAAAUUGUGUAUUCGAUAAAACUUCAUACAAUAAUAUUAUUGCGGGGGCUAUUUUAUGAUGGAGAAUUAGAGUGAUAUGUUUUUGGGAUAUUUUGUAUGUGCUCUCUGAGAUGUGAUAUAAAGUAUAAACAUGGAUAGAUAGAUAGAUAUUGAUGAAUAAGAGAUAAAUUUGCUGAAGAAAAAUAAUAAAAAGAAAAUUCCAUUGGAAUAAAGAACCGCAUACAUAUAUUCAUACGCACAUGGAUAUCAGUGUUUAUUUAUUUUGGAUUAUAAUGUGGCAGCAUUGUUACAUAAUGUUGUGGAUGAGAUGAUAUAUAAAAUACGAGAAAAAAAAGGAUUUGAUUUCAUGGAUAUGUGUGGUACAUGGAACGGAAUUUAACCGUCGAACAUGCGAAUAAGCCAAUAGAUAUACCGAUUUUUGCGGCUUAUCUCAAGUAUUAGUGUUUUCUGUUUGCUCGGAUAUAAAACGCUUACGGCUGCUUGUCAAAAUAGAAGGUGUCUCAGAACAACGGAAUGUAACAUUCACUUUGGAAUUUAAACACACAAAGCAGUAGCACGCAGACGAACCACUAGCCCUUCUCGGGAGAAACCUCUAUUUUCGGUGCGAAAGAUAAAUACAAACCCGAAAAUUGAUACAAAAACAGCAUCACAGAGAGAAAGAGAGAGAGAGGAAGAGAAAAAAAUCGCAGUGUCAUACGAAACGUUUGAAUUGAUAAUGAAAAACCACCAUAAAAAAAUCCAUCAAACAAAAACACCAGUUGUGCGCAAAAUGUGUCAUAGUGUUUUGGUGAUAAAAUAUUUUUUCGGUUUUUAACUUUAAAAAAAAGGAGAAAAAAAAUUGAGUGAGAAGCAAAAGAACCAAACCAGCAAAACACACACAAAAAAAACGUUCACAUACUGUUUGUGAUGUGGAUGACCCAUUUGGAAAUGGCUACUGUCCAAGGAUUUUGGUUACAUUACCAUUUGCUGUUAUGGAUUAUUUUUAUGUGCCUGACGUCCCCAGUUAUACCCGAAAUGGUUUAUCGAGUUGAUCCGUUAGCACUUCUAUCUGGCACAUUAAGGACGUAUCAAAAGGCAGGAUGUGACACGGAACAAGUAUCUCUUAGUUGUCCUCGGGGCACUAGCAUAUCAAUAGAAGUGGCGCAAUAUGGAAACACAGUCGGAGAUGGUACGACCGCUGUUAGCAUAUGUCCACCGAGCACAGAUGACACAAUCCUAGAGGCUAUUCAUGCUGGAGCUGAAAUAGAAGUUAAGCCACCAGAGAAUUGCUUGCCAAAUGCAUUACAGUAUUCAUUGUUACAGAACGUGGUGGAAGCUUGCCAAAAGAAAAGCCAUUGUAAAUUUUUGGCAGCACCGAAAACUCAUGGCGGUGAUCCAUGUCCUGGAAAACGAAAAUUUGUUGAAGUUGCAUAUAAAUGCCGUCCAUAUGAAUUCCGAAGCAAAAUUGCAUGCGAAAAUGAAGUUAUACAAUUAAGCUGUAAUCCAUACAGCAGAGUGGCCAUUUAUUCUGCCAGUUUUGGACGAACCGAAUACGAAAGUAUACAAUGUUCACAGCCGCAAAAGGUUAUGGAAGAAACGUGUCUGGCAUCGUAUGCAACGGAAACAGUUAUGGAAGUGUGUCACGGACGAAGACGGUGUUCAAUAUCGGCGGACAGUUCUACUUUCGGUAAUCCUUGCAGGUCGGAGUCAAGGGUUUAUCUGAAAAUUGUAUACACUUGCAUUCCUCGUAAAGUCUUGAAAGACCGUUUCGACUAUUCAAAUGAACCGGACGAACCGCAACAGGUGGACAUGGACCAGAACCAGGACGAACUGUACGACGAAGACCAAUUUUACCGGGAAUCGGAGGCAAUUCCACCUGCACCAAAAUUACAUCGCGAAUUGUCGAAUCCAUCGUCCGGAUCGAAUUUAUCGGAAACACCAAUGUUGGCCGAACCAUCGAGUAGUGCAAAUCCACCGUUACGAUCACGUGACAGUAAUUUAUUGGAAGAAAAUCAAGAAAAGUUCUACCUUUAUCUCAUCAUAUCGGUAACAGCGGGUGUCCUACUAUGUCUUAUAUUGGUGAUUGGACGUCUAUGGAUACAAAAAAGGCGAUUGAAAAAAGAUCCGAGCAACAUUCAAUCAUCGAACACCGGCGAUACGACAUUGCCAAAUGGGUUUUCCGAUGAUAUAUCUGAAAUUGAUGCCGAUAUCGAUUUAACCACACCAUUACCAUUGCCCAGUGUGUCUCGGAGUGAUCAAAGUUACAGCGCGUAUACUCCGUCUCCUAGCCCAUAUGGAAAUCUGGGACCAUCAAAUGUGUCACAUACGUCCACAACCAUGCUAGUCCCAUCCAAUUCAAUUAUUGGACAACCAGCUAUAAUUGGUGCUUCCAAUGCCUUAAUGUAUAACCCAACGACACACACACAAGCCGGAGCGAUGAUGAAUCCGCACUAUCCACCGCCAAUGUAUCUCGGUGGUUCGGUGAUGGGUCACGGCACAUUACGUCGACCGCGGGAAUACGAACACACCCCACCGCGAAUCCUAUCGAAAAUUGAUGCGGACCAACCAUACUACUACGGAUGACAUCCAAUGAACCAGAAAGAACCCACCAUUGUUGACGAACAAACAACAAUCACAUUGUGCCCUCCAGGUCGGACAUAUUGUUUCUAGAAUCAAAUUGUUUUGCAGAAUUGUGUACUGCAAAGUGACAGUGAUUUAGUGUACUUGUGAGAUAAUUGGAACGAAAAAAGCGGGAGGGAGAAAGAGAAAAGUGAAUUGUGUCAGUGAAAGCUCCGUUAUUAGCUAACAAAGGAAAAGAAAAAGGAAAACUUUCGAAUAAUGUGAUCAACAGGGUAGAUUUUGUAGUUUUAUCAACAGUAAUUAUGAACAAUGCGUGGAAGUUCAUUAAUCAUAAAAUAUAAAUUAAGUUAAAUAAAAUCGAAUUGGACGAUAACCAGACAGAUUCAGGGCACAUAAUUGGAUUUCCUCAAAGUUGAAAAUUGCUCUCUUUGACUGUUGACCCGUUGUAGAGGUACUUGUGUAAUUCCGUGCGCCUUAAUUUCUCGGCAGAAUAUCUCCGAAACUUUUGGGUUUUUCUUAUGAACUGACCUACCUUCUUACCAGCGAUAGAAUUCAAGGGAACCAGAAAAAUCGUCUAAAUUCCCUGCAGUUUUAUAAUUCUAGGAUAGGGAAGACAUUGGACCAUGAGGACGUCACUUAUUUUUAUGACCUCUGGUGACUUCAGACCUAUUAAUAGUCCAAAUGAUAGUCGAAAAAAUUGCCAAAAAUGUGAGAAAGGUCGAGUGUCUAGAACAAAGAUACUGUAGAGGAACGUCAGCAUUCGACAUUAUUUUGCAGGGAAAAUGGUCAAUAAUAUUCCAAAAAUGGAACUUUCAACAAUGCUUGAACAUAAAUCAAGGAGAGAAGAGGGAUUGUUGGUGUAGGAAACACUAGAACUAGCAUCCCCAAUUAUAGAUGCAUCUAGAAAAAACUCUUUAAGGCCGGAUGAAAUUAGAAGUACUUAAAUGUACGGGACACUUUUUAGUUCAACGCUAGUACCGACUCCAUUGUGAUAACUCAAGGAAAAAGGUAUUCCACGAAAUAUCAGUAAUACGUUCCAGAACAGAAGAAAUUUUUCCAGCUUUUCCGACUGAAAAAAUAAUUUUCCUUUUCAAUGGAAAACUUUUUGGUCCACAACUUUUCGUGACAAACAAAGAAAAUCUUAAAGAACUUAAGGCACACGGAGCCAUUUUUUUCGACACAAGGACCUGGACUACGUUCGAAGUAUAUUUUUAUGGGGCAAUUCAAAAAUAAUUAUUUUACACACAAUAAAAGCGCAUUUGCUGCUCAAAAAGUUCGUUUUGUCUUAAAUUAAGAUGGCUUUGAAGGUAUGGCUAAAAAAUUGGUACAAAUCACAAAACAAUUUCCGCCUGUGAAAAUGACAGUGGUGAAUACUCCAUUCAAUCCAAGAAUGAUUUUACUGUGCUAACUGAUAGGACAUAUUUAACUAAAGAGGCAUGCGAUUUUGGUUUGUAGUACUCCAAACCACAUCGAAACCUUCUGUCGUGAAGUGACAAUUUGUGCGAACUGUGCACAAAACUUGUCUCUACACUAUCAAUUUCGAAUAAUUUCACAGUGUUAUAGUAUCCUUACUGUAAUAUUUGCGAUCUUCUUCUUCUUGAUAUUUGCUAUUUGAUAUUUGCGAUAAUACUGUAAUAUUAUUCGAAAUUAAUUGUUUAUAGACAAGCUUUGUGUACAGUUCACGUUUUCAGUUGAGGCUAUGACGAAAUUUUUAAGACGUCGAAAAUGACAACGUCAAAAAUGCAAAUGUCAAAACUAUCAUUUCACGACAGAAAGUUUCGAUGUGGUUCGGCUCUAAGAGCGACGGAUGGAGAAGUAUGUUGUUAAUGUUUCCUCUGAAUCUGUCUAACGAUGAUAUAAAAGGUUAAUAAUUUAUUGAAUGUUUUAAAGGAAUUUAAUGAUAAAAUCAACAAAAUUGAGUGUCCGCUUAAAUAAAAGCCAUACACCGAAUAUAGGAAUCGUAUAAAUCCAAAGAUGACCAGUGUUUAAAGGUGAAAUAUUAUGAAAUUAAUAAGAAAGUGUUUAACUUACAAUAAGUUUGUAAAUAUAUAUUCUAUGACAAAGUCAACAAUUUUAUAACUUUAGAUACCAAAAAAAUUAAAACUUAAAAUCAAAUUAGCAAAAAUUUACAGGCUAAGGAUUUACGUUUAAGAAACUUUAUCAAAAAGACUUUAGCGACAAUUUCUUUCAUUAUACAAUUUAAUAAGGACUUUCCUUUCAUCCAAUUUACUUGACUGUCUAGUUUAAUAUUUGUAAUUUAUUUAUUUUAUCUUUCAUCAACUCAGUCAGUAUAUCUGGUUAGUUUAGUUAUAAUAAAAAGAGGUGAGAUGAGAGCAACGCCAUCUGUUUUCAAUAAGGCUAUAUGAUGCUUUGUGACGAAGAAAAAACCGACGACUUCUGUUUGUCGAAUCUGGCUUAUUCAUUGACGAUUGUCAUUAAUCUGUUCUAUGGGCCCAUAACCUGUUUAAUCCGUGAAAUUUCAAAUUUUGACAACGGUUCGCUAAAGGCAAUUACACUUGCUGUUAGAGAAUUUUAGAGCAAUUGAGCAAAUCUGUCCUACAGUAUUAGCAAUGUAGUUUUUCCUAUCAUAAGCCACCGGGAACCAUACACAGAUAGUAAAUAUAUCAUCAGUCUACGUCAAGUAAAAAACGUUCCACUGUUAGUUCGGUAGAGUCCGUAUAAUAGUAUAGCACACGAUGACCUACUGAUUCGUUUUAUUUGCUUAAAAUCAUUAUUUGAAAUAUUUGCAGCAAUUUUCAAUUAUUCGAAAAGCAUCGAUGCAUAAUGCUCGGAUGAAUUUUCUUUUAUGCUUUUCUCAGAGACGAAACGUUCGUUGGACAGUCGAAUUCUUAGUUUUAAAAUGUGUGAUUUGUCUUUGUGAGUGACUCGGUUUUUUCAUUUUAUGUUCACCUGUAUCGGAAUCACUGUAGCGAAUUAGUCAGCGAACAAUUUCAAUAUCAAACAAAAAUAGCAAAUAUUUCUAGGUAGUUCGGGUGUCAACUAUCAAUUUGGUGGUGUCAUGAAUUGAAAAUCAUGAAUGAAAUUUCGGGUUGCUGGCAGCAACUUGCCGCAUUUGAUUUUUUUCACUUGUCGCCUUUUCAUUGCUACAAAUCAACAGUGUUAGGACAGUUAGACUCCCAAGUAUUUUUGACAUUGUUAGUCGAGAAUUUUUGAAUAUUUGGCGCACUUACAGCGACAACAAUUGAAUUAGUGAAAUUGUUAAAUUAAUUUUUAGGUCCAAUUGAAAACAAAGCUAGGCAAAAUAGAAGUCUUUAGGGAGAAAACGAUACCCCAAUUGUUAGUUAAAUUUAACCGGACAAAAAACUAAUCCCGGGAUAAAUUUUACUGACAGCUGUAAAAUUUAACAGCGCUGACGGGAAUUGUGCCCAAUGAAUUAAGAAGAGCGAAAGUGGAGGAUAAGGAUAUGAAAUUAUGGAUGUAUUUUUUACUAAUUUAUUAAAUUGGAAAUGUAUUUAAAAUUAAUAUAAUGUUAAACAAUGCGUAUAAAUAAAGCACUUACACAUAUACCUACAUCACACACAUACAAAAAAAUAUGUUCGAAAAAUUGUACAUAAAACCUUAGAAAAUCAAAAUAAUUUUUGGUUACAGCGAAGGAAUUACAAAUUCCAUCCUUUUAUGAAUCCAACGGAUCCCAUACAUUCACUUUAGAAAGACAAUUUUCAAAUUUCUCGAAUUGGUCGAAGGGCAAAUAAUAGUGAACGCAGCGGUAGUGUAGUUCGUGACGCAGUUCUCCAGCCCAUAACAAAAGAAACCAAUUAUGUACACGUAUGUCACAUACGGUAUGUGCAUCAAUUGCACGAAAACUAGUGUCGGGCUUUCACUAAGACAUAUACUGAAAUAAAGCUUGAUGGUUGUAAGAAAUAAUUGUAAAUAAUGCAAGUUAACUAAUGGAGCUUUGACCUAGUGAAAAGGUGGAGUUCUCUAUGAAAUUUACAUACAAAUAAAAGCAUAACACAUCUGCGCGUCGAAAUUGAAUUCUGUGCUUUAAUGUCUAUCCACUUCAUUACACCCGACGCCACAAAAAUGAAUGUUAUGCCAACAAUUGAAAAAGCGCGAUUAAUGUCUCGAACAGUCGCUUCAAUAUCGAUCAAUGUCCACAGUAACUCCACAACGUUGUCAAUCAAUUUUUUUCUUCAGAAAUUCGUUAUGUUAAGACAAACUUUCAAUCUCAUUUGGCAAUCUCGUACCUGUGUACAUGUUAGGUUAGGUACAUGAAUUCAUCAUCAUCGUCGCCUGAACAUAACUUAUUUAUUUUAUGUUCAUUGGACAGUUUUACUACUAUACUACACGAGUUAGCAAGUUUGGUGAUGAGGUAAAGUUUCAUUUCAACUACGAUUCGCUAGACUUGUUCGUGAGCAAAUUGGUAUAGUGUGCUUAGAGCCCAAACCUGUUGUAUCAAGUAGGUUUGGGAAAAUUGCAAGGUUUGAUGCGCAGUACGAUAAAUUAAGUUUGAAUUCAAUCUUAAACAGAUAAAUCUAGCAAAAAAAAAAACUUGGCUGAUGAUCUCAGCUCUAGAGAUUUCAAUUUCUGGAUUAUAAAUUGAAUGUGACGUAAAUUGGAUUUACAUCGGAUAAAACGAUGGAAUUUUAUAAUUCUCUCGCUGUUUGUUUUUUAUAUUUAUUUCGUUGAACUUUUAAGAUAUAGCAAA